CAUAGUUCAAAGCUUUGCACUUGCUCUAGAAAUAGAUUUAAUAGAAAACAACACCCAGCCUGGAGCAACAACUACUACAACAAAUAGUAUUCAAUCUAUAAUGGAUCUGACAACUACUUCUAUUAAAGCAUAUACACUUCCAGAGAACAACUCCACAUUAAUAAAUACAAAUAAACACUUCAAAGAAUAA